CAGAAGAUAACAUAAGAUUUUUAUCUUACCAUGAAAGUAUUAUCUGAAGGACAUUUAAGGCUUUGUGUUGUUCAACCAGUACAUCUCACUUCAUGGCUCCUUAUAUUUUUUAUUCUAAAGUUUAUCUCUUGUCUAAAACCUGCUCAACUUCCAAUUUAUCAAAGGAAACCUUUUAUAGCUGCUUGGAAUGCUCCAACAGAUCAAUGUUUGAUAAAAUAUAAUUUAAGACUAAAUUUGAAAAUGUUUCCUGUGAUUGGAAGCCCACUGGCCAAGGCCAGGGGGCAAAAUGUCACUAUAUUUUAUGUCAACAGAUUGGGAUACUAUCCGUGGUAUACAUCACAAGGGGUCCCCAUUAAUGGGGGUCUCCCACAGAACAUAAGUUUACAAGUACAUCUGGAAAAAGCUGACCAAGAUAUUAAUUAUUACAUCCCUUCUGAAGAUUUCAGUGGACUCGCUGUUAUAGAUUGGGAAUAUUGGCGACCACAGUGGGCCCGGAACUGGAACGCAAAAGAUGUUUACAGACAGAAGUCAAGAAAGCUUAUUUCCGAUAUGGGAAGGAAUGUAUCAGCUACCGAUAUUGAAUAUUUAGCUAAAGUGACCUUUGAAGAAAGUGCAAAAGCUUUCAUGAAGGAAACCAUCAAAUUGGGAAUUAAGAGCCGACCCAAAGGCCUUUGGGGUUAUUAUUUAUAUCCUGAUUGCCACAAUUAUAACGUUUAUGCCCCAAACUACACCGGGUCAUGCCCAGAAGAGGAAGUCUUGAGGAACAAUGAGCUCUCUUGGCUCUGGAACAGCAGUGCUGCUUUAUAUCCUUCUAUCGGUGUCUGGAAAUCCCUUGGAGACAGUGAAAACAUUUUGCGCUUCUCCAAAUUUCGGGUGCAUGAAUCCAUGAGGAUCUCCACCAUGACAUCUCAUGAUUAUGCUCUGCCUGUAUUUGUCUACACAAGGCUAGGGUACAGAGAUGAACCUUUAUUUUUCCUUUCUAAGCAAGAUCUAGUCAGCACCAUAGGAGAAAGUGCUGCCUUGGGAGCUGCAGGCAUUGUUAUUUGGGGAGACAUGAAUUUAACUUCAUCCAAGGCCAACUGUACAAAGGUGAAGCAGUUUGUGAGUUCUGAUUUAGGGAGCUACAUAGCCAAUGUGACCAGAGCUGCUGAGGUAUGCAGCCUUCACCUCUGCAGGAACAAUGGGAGGUGCAUAAGGAAGAUGUGGAACGCACCCAGUUACCUUCACUUGAACCCCGCAAGUUACCACAUAGAGGCCUCUGAGGACGGGGAAUUUACUGUAAAAGGAAAAGCAUCUGAUACAGACCUGGCAGUGAUGGCAGAUACAUUUUCCUGUCAUUGUUAUCAGGGAUAUGAAGGAGCUGAUUGCAGAGAAAUAAAGACGGCUGAUGGCUGCUCUGGGGUUUCCCCUUCUCCUAGUUCACUAAUGACACUUUAUCUACUGCUUUUAGCAAGUUAUCAAAGCAUUCAGUUGUGAGAUAAUUGAGUUUAAAGGGAAUUGUGUGGCCUCUUGCCUAGUCAUUUAAAGA